CCACUCAUUGUUCCUGCAACUUGGCCGUUAGCAAGAGGCUAGCUGAGUCAACAAACGCCUCGAACUUCUUACACAUCCCUGUAAAGUAAUUUCGUUUUACCCGACAUAUCAGAAUCGCACUCGCGGACCAUGAGCAAGAGAAAAGCGCCGCAGGAAUCUCUGAAUGAGGGAAUAACAGACUUUCUCGUCGAAUUGGCAAAUUACGAGAAGAAUGUGAACCGGGCGAUACACAAGUACAAUGCUUACAGGAAAGCGGCAUCAACUAUUUCCAAGUAUCCCAACAAGAUUAAAAGUGGAGAAGAGGCCAAAAAGCUGGAUGGUGUCGGAGCCAAAAUUGCAGAAAAGAUCGAUGAGUUUUUACAAACAGGGAAACUACGCAAACUGGAGAAGAUUCGAAAUGAUGACACAAGCUCUUCCAUCAAUUUCCUCACACGGGUCACUGGAAUUGGUCCUGCUGCUGCCAGGAAGUUUUUUGAAGAUGGUGUGAAGACCUUGGAUGAUUUAAAGAAGAUUGAACACAAACUCAACCAUCAUCAACAAAUCGGCCUCAAGUAUUUUGAGGAGUUUGAGAAGAGGAUUCCUCGAGCCGAGAUGGAAAAGAUGGAGGCUCUGAUUCUUGGAGAGUUGGAGAAGAUUGAGCCAGAGUACAUCGGGACCAUCUGUGGCAGUUACAGAAGAGGUGCUGCCUCCAGUGGUGAUAUUGAUAUCCUGCUAACACACCCGGACUACACGUCCCAGACGCCGAAGCAGCCCAAACUGCUGCACGCUGUGGUCGACCACCUAGAGUCCAUAGGUUUUGUGACCGACACUCUGUCCAAGGGAGAUACCAAGUUCAUGGGAGUCUGUCAGCUGCAGCAGGCCGAUGAAGCCGAAGAGGAAUAUCUUCAUCGACGAAUUGAUAUCAGGUUAAUUCCGAAGGACCAGUACUACUGUGGAGUCUUAUAUUUCACUGGAAGUGAUAUCUUCAACAAGAACAUGAGAACCCACGCUCUGGAGAAGGGCUUCACUCUGAACGAGUACACCAUUCGGCCAGUAGGCGUCACUGGCAUCGCUGGAGAGCCCCUGCUGGUGGACAGUGAGAGAGACAUCUUUGAAUACAUCCAGUACAAGUACAGAGAGCCCAAGGACCGCAGCGAGUGAAGGCAUGGACGCCGCGCCGCUGAGCAAGACCUGACGUGCCAUUCUGGAGGAGAGGAGGGAUGUCCUGGUGUUUCUUUUUUAAAUCAUGCCUUUGAGCAGUGUCCUCUGCCCGCUGAGACUGAUGCGAUAGAGAGGAGAAAUGUUUGCAUAUUCAUUAUUUAUGACUUUAUGUUGUCAGCCAUGGAGGAGGAGGAUGGUGGAGUAUUCACAAAUAUGUGUAUUUAUCGGUGCUUUUAGUUUUAAAGUCAUUUUAAUGAACGUGGAAGGGAUCUACGCUGAACUUGAAUCAUGCCUUUCAGGGUCUGACUCCGUCUUUGGUCAGAAAUGCUUUUAACAUGUAUCAUCCACUCAUGAAUUCUUGUUUGAGAUCAAAGGGUUUGAAGAGGACUUGAGUUCUCUGGAAAAAAAAAAACUUUUACUUUAUGUUUGGCUGUGUACGAGUGUGUGUUACUUCAGCGAAUUGUCUUUUCGGAGUAGCGGUGUAGUUAGUCAUGUGACUCCGACAGACAUGCAACACUAUAUCCUGGUGAUACAGAGGUCAAUCUGUAAUGUGAAACUUGAAUAUUAGGUUUAGGAACGUGCUGUGUGAGUGGCUGCGAAUAAAAGAAUGCGUUAGAAA